CGUAUGGGCGAGCUAGGAGGCUGGAUGAUUACUCACGUAGCCCUCGUUACGAGGCUGAUGGGGGCAAAGGCAACUCUCGAGGCCGGUGGGAGUCAGAUCAGGGCCGACGGGAUGGAUACAGGGACGUCAGAUAUGAGAGGUCGGACUGGGAUGGAUAUAGGGAUGGAAGGUAUGAGAGGACGAAUCGAGAUGGAUACAGGGGUGACGGAUAUGAUAGAGGAGAUCGAGACGAGGACCGACGAGAUGAUUCGCGCGGACAGUAUGACCGCAGGGGAUACGCGAGAGAGCAGCGCGACGAUUCGCGGGGGUGGUACUACCGAGGAGAUCGACACGAUGAGUCACGCGGGCGAUACGACUCUGGAGACCGCCGAAACGAUUCACGAGGACGAUACGAGCCAGAAGGAUCUGGAGGAGACCGCCGCAAUGAUUCACGACAGGCCAUCUACUCCCAGGAACUCAUGCAUCUACUAUAGAGGAGAUGAUCAUAUCAAGAGAGACUGCCCGAAUCUCAAGCGGGCAAUAGAUGAGGGACUUGUCGUGCUUGAUGACUGCAAGUACGUCAAGUGGGCAGACGAUCUAGGAGACGUAUCGAUGUUCCCCUCGAUGAAGGAGACUGUAGAAGCAAGGAGAGUGGGUCCGAGUAAAGGAAAGGAGCCGGUUAGGAGCCAGAGCAUCAAGAUAACUUUCGAAGAAGAUAUGUCGACCACACCCAUAAGGGUGGCAGCCACCAAGUCGGCGAGGGGGUCUACAUCGAAGAAGACUGACACAAAUUACGUGAUGGCGAAGAAGGACGGGCAGCGGAUCGAUGGAGAGGAGGUUAUUCUUUCGCCGCGAAAGCGGGGAGUGAAGAAGUUCUUGACGAAGAGUUCGCUGGAUGAGAUUGAAACGGUCGAGCCACUGAGACGGACCCUUCGGCAGCCCAUGCAAUGCUCUAUUCUAGAGUACCUGGCGGCGUCGAAGCUGGCUCGUGAUGAGUUACAGAUGAUUACGUGGAAGACUCGCAUACCUCUUUUAGAGGAGGCUUAGGGGGCCCCUAAGGCGGAAGCUCCUACAGUAGC